AUUAAAUCCGGGGGAAAAACGGUCAACCAAACGGGAAGGUUCGAACCCGCGCCGAUGAACGAAGACUAUGAUGAGGCUGCUCUCUCAGACAUUUCGUAGCCAAAAACUCCCAAUUUCAAGCUCAGAAGUUUCGAAAUCUUCUUCUUCUGCAUCAACUAAGGUUCCAACAUUGAUCGUCAAAUCAGAGCCGGAGCCGAAGAAAUGGUGCGUUUAUCUCAUCAUCUCCUCCAAUCCCCCCAUCAAAACCUAUGUAGGAGUCACCCUCGACUUUGAUCGACGUUUAAAACAACAUAAUGGUGAAAUAAAAGGUGGUGCAAAGGCAACUCGAGCGGGGCGACCCUGGAUUUGUGCGUGCAAAAUUCAUGGUUUUAAAGACCAAAGUCAAGCUUGUGAGUUUGAAUCAAAAUGGAAAGAAAUUUGCAGGAAAAUGUGCCAUAUGAGAAAGGAAGAAGUAGAUGAUCAGACAUUAAGAUUGCUGAAGCAAAGACAGAGAGCUCUGGGAAAAGUGAAAGGUCUGUUUGAUUGCACUCAAUUUGAGUUUGAUUGGGAACUCGAUCCUUUCUGAUUCUUUUACAAUAUUUAUCAAAGUUGUUUAUUAGA